CUUUAUCAAAUAUUUAUCAAGAUGUCCAAACCAGAUAAGCAUCCCAUAUGACGAAGGAACCAGAAGCGGUUCAGACAGAUAACCAAUGCAGGAGCAAUGAAUCUACCCGAUUCAUUAAAGAAGAAAAUAAAGGAAUGGUACAGAACCUCGACGAUAGACUCUAACUCUGAAGAAAAGAGUGAGAGAAAGCAUAGCCCUACCGAACAGAAAUACAUCAGCAAGUUCAUGAAGAAGAUGUCAUUCAUCCCUGGCAAGAUUAGGAGCAAGAAAAAUAGGAAACUUACUGGAAUCAAAGAGCAAGUCUUACCAACAAGGGAGGGGAGAGAGAAAAAGAGGACUAUUCUAGCAGAUAAUAUUGACCUUUCUAAAGGUCUGAGUGACCUUAAAAUUCCUAGAUGUCCUGAUUUCGGGUACCCCUCUGAAGUUAGCUUUGAUGACAUUAUAAAGCCCAGUGACCAAAAAUAAUUACUGGAAGGUGAUGCUAGACUUGAUCUCUAAAUUCCCACAACUUGAGAGGCCUAAGAAUGUCCUAAAUGAGCUCAAGAAGAAGAAAGAAAUUGUUGAGAUUGAAAAUGCGAUAGUCACUAGCUUAACAAGGAAGGCCUACAGAAUUAGCAGGCUCAAGAACGCAGCUAGAAAUAUGAGAAUGAACUUGAAGAAGAGCAGAGAGAGUUUAAGGAACAAUAAGAUGAUUAACCUGGGGCUCCUCAAUCCUGAGGAGCCUCCAACAAGUGAUAAAGAUAUUUCUGAAGAAUCUUUAUCAGAGAGUUUGUCUCAGUCAAGAGAUGAUAUUCUUAACUGCACAACAUCUUUGGAGAUACCCUCCUUAGGUUACGAUAGAGAUGACUCGAGAAGACAGAUUGGGCUGAAAGAUACAAUGAACCCUCCUAAUUAUCCAAAUAUUGAAGGGAAAUAAGUCUCUCUUUGCUGGUGAAAAAUUUCGCAGCCAGAAAAGGAAGCUGAGUGUGCACAAACUUCAUAAAAUAUCGAGGCACUGUAGUUAUUUUUAAUUAAUCUGUAGCAAGCGAGAUUAAAAGAGGAUCCAAAAUAGCAGACGUUAAGACAGCCUUGAACUUUAUCAACAAUCUUGUAGACAAGACAGGGUUUAGAAAGCAUUAUAAUCUCAAUAAGGGUAGCCCGAGUCCUCGAAAGUCGGCACUUCAGAGUCCUAAUACCAACAUCUGGUUUCUACAUUCUAUGGAUGCUGGUGAAGGAUCUAAGAAGCGGAAUACAAGUUUUUCCGUGAUUAGGAACCCCAUAAAUAACCCCAAAAUCAAAUAGGUCCAUUCUUAGGACUCUAGAAGGCACUUUUGACAUUAAAUUUUAGAUAUUUUACGUAAGAUUGGGAAGAAGAAAUAUGACAAAUUGAGUGUCAAUGUUCUCAAGAAGCAUAAACAAUUUUGGAACAUUUCGAAAAUCAUUAGGUUGAUUAACCACU